AUGUCGUCCGACCAGCCAAAAUCGGCAUGGUUUGGCCAAAAAGCCAUCAGCUCCCUCCGGGGAAUCUGGAAUGUCCGGUCCAAACAGAGCCAUCACAAGCUCUCCCCGCUGCCAGAAACCAGCAUAGAGCGCCUCACGUCACCCAAAGAGAAAACCAUUCUCUACCUUGCCUACGGUUCGAAUCUCGCCAGAGAAACAUUCCAAGGGACCCGCGGCGUCAAACCCCUUUCCUCCGUCAACGUCCACGCGCCCACCCUCGCACUAACCUUCGAUCUACCUGGGAUCCCUUAUCUCGAGCCAUGCUUCGCCAAUACGCGGUAUCGCGACCCUUCCAGCGACCCCCCAUCUGAAUCCCCCGGGUAUCAUAAAGAUCGAUGGCACAAAGGCCUUGUUGGAGUCGUAUACGAAAUAACACCCGAAGAUUACCGCACGAUAAUUGCUACUGAGGGCGGCGGAGCAGGAUAUCAGCAGGUGGUUGUGCCAUGCUAUGCUCUUGCAAAGGACGAUAUUGUGGCCCCAAUACCUAGUGGCACACCGUUCAAAGCACACACGCUUCUACAACCGCGGGACCAUUCAGAGAUGGACGCUGGGGAAAUCGAAGUGAAAAACACCUCACGCCCCAUCCAGCGUCAGGACCCCUCAUACGCUCAACCUUCCGCUCGCUAUCUCAAACUCCUUACAGAUGGCGGAGAAGAACAUUCCCUCCCUUCCGAAUACCUUGCGUAUCUAUAUAAUAUCCGGCCCUAUACUAUCACCACAUUUAGACAGCGCAUAGGGCGGACGAUAUUUUUGACAUCUUGGAUUCCGAUUGUAAUGACUUUUAUGGGGCUAGGGAAAAUAUUAGCGGAUAAAAAAGGGAAGAUGCCCACGUGGAUGGUUCCUAUCAUGGGCGCUUUGUUCAAGGGAUUGUGGGGAAGUUACGACGUAUUCUUCAAACGUCCUUUUGGGGACGGAGAGAGGACGAUGAACGAGCAAAAGGAUGAAGGGAGAUGGCUUGAAGAGGCAAGCCCCGAGUGGCUUGACGAGAAGACGCGCCAAGCGGCAAUUGUGAUAUAG